AUGGGUUGGAUUCCCUGUUCUGGUAAAUCCAACAGUAAAGCGAAGACCAAGAAGGAAAGGAAGAAUACGAUAGAGUUGCAGGAAAAGCCGCUGGAUCAGAUCAAACCCACUUCAGGAAUUUCAAAGACAAAUUCCACCUUGAGUGUCAAGGAGGAUCCCAAAGAUGGAGGGUCUGAUCGCAUUGCAGCACAGACUUUUGUAUUCCGUGAGUUGGCAGCUGCAACUAGAAAUUUCAGAGCAGAAUGUCUUUUGGGUGAGGGCGGUUUUGGUCGAGUAUAUAAAGGACGUUUGGAAAGUACCCAUCAGGUAGUAGCUAUCAAACAACUUGAUCGUAAUGGGUUACAAGGGAACAGGGAAUUCCUUGUUGAAGUGUUGAUGUUAAGUCUUCUUCACCACCCUAAUCUUGUUAAUCUUAUUGGUUAUUGUGCUGAUGGAGAUCAAAGGCUGCUUGUUUAUGAAUAUAUGCCCCUAGGAUCUUUAGAGGACCAUUUACAUGAUAUAUCACCUGGUAAGAGACGACUUGAUUGGAAUACAAGAAUGAAAAUAGCCGCUGGGGCAGCAAAGGGAUUGGAGUAUUUACAUGACAAAGCAAGUCCUCCUGUUAUAUACAGAGAUUUGAAAUGCUCCAACAUAUUGCUUGGUGAAGGGUAUCAUCCAAAGCUGUCCGAUUUUGGCUUAGCCAAACUUGGCCCUGUUGGGGAUAACACCCAUGUAUCUACAAGGGUUAUGGGAACAUAUGGAUAUUGUGCUCCCGAGUAUGCUAUGACAGGUCAAUUGACUCUUAAAUCAGACGUUUAUAGCUUUGGGGUAGUUCUUUUGGAAAUUAUAACAGGCAGGAAAGCAAUUGACAAUUCAAGAGCUACAGGAGAACAGAAUUUGGUUGCAUGGGCAAGACCCUUGUUUAAAGACCGAAAGAAAUUUUCGCAAAUGGCAGACCCAAUGCUCCAGGGUCAGUAUCCCCAAAGGGGCUUGUACCAAGCUCUGGCUGUUGCGGCAAUGUGUGUACAGGAGCAGCCUAAUAUGCGGCCAGUUAUAGCUGAUGUUGUCACAGCUUUGACUUACCUUGCUUCACAGAAGCAUGACCAGGAAACACAGCCAGUCCAAAGCUCCCGUCUUGCCCCUUGUACUCCACCUAGAACCAAGAGGGAUAGCGAGAGGAAAGCUCAAUUAUGGUAG